UAAAUAAGUAAGAUACUGAACAAGAACGAGAUCACACCAUUAGAAGUUAAAGUUGAGAUAAAGGUCUAAAACUGUUUAAUAUGUACAUUUCAAAGCUUGCAAAAGAUAACACGUCAUGCAUCACAUUGAUUACUACCUGUCUAAGAAAGUACGCGUAAUCAUAAUGCCAAUAUUUAUUAUCUUAGUCUACCGUUUGCGAUAAAAGCAGCAUAUAGCAAUAUAUAGGCCAUGCGAAGGGACUUUAUUAUCAUCUGGAAUAGCGUCAUAGUUGGGAGCAGUGGUGUUGAAAGAUGGAUCCGAUAAAAGAAUUUGAUGCUGAACCAUGGCCAUUAACGGAGGAGGAAACAGAUAACCUGAUGGAAUUCGCUGAAGUGGCAAAUUAUUUUUCAAGACCGGAUGUCUCUGACUUUGACGACGAAGUUAAAAAUGAUGAAAUCAACGGAAGCAUUUCUUCUUCUUUAAAUCAAGCAAGGAAUGGAAUCUGGAAAUGUAAAACUUGCCCAAAAUCCUUUUCGGCUCGAAAGAACAUGUUGAGACAUGAGAGGCUACACUCCGAGAAUGCAAAAGAUAUUAAAUGUGGCCAUUGUGGAAAGGGAUUUGCUCGUCGGUAUGCUGCCAAGCACCAUGAAACAAAGUGCCUGAAAAGACCGUCAACUUCAGGAGCAAACUCCCAUAUACAAGCAUCUCUACCCCCAGCCAAGAAAUUAAAGAAAACUUUUCCUGAUUGUGAAGAAGCUCUUAACUCCUUCAAACAAUAUAUCAUUUUACCAGAGGAUGGAUCCGAUGAAGAUCUCACCGUUUUUUUUUUUUCAACUGUUCAAGAUAGCGUACGCGAACGCUUACAAGAAUAUUUAACACUUAAUAGAGGUAUUAAAUUGUACUACGUUGUUAGUGCGAAAUUCAUAAGGUUUGUAACCGAACAAGAAAUAGAAACAACUACAGCCCAUUUUAGAAGUGCGUGUAUGUUAAAUCUGGAUGAGAACUUUGAUGAUAAUCUCUCCGUAGCCGUAAGAAAAAUUAUGUCGUCUUAUGACGAAUUCUUGGAAAGAGGGGAAGUGGGUGGAUCUUAG